UAUAUGAUAAUAAUCUAUUUUCAUUAAUAAAAUAAUGAAAUAGUCACAAUUUUCGUUUUAUUAACAAAAGUAGAUGUUGAACAUUCAGACAGAUUAAACGACAAACAUGGAAAAACCAAGUUCUCAAAUCAUCUGUUGUUUUGAUUAGUGUAGAUACAGUGAGUGUGCGACUGAAAUACGGUGUUGAUUUAAGAAAGGACCGAAGACAAGGAAUAAUGAAGACUUUUACCCAUCUCAUGAAUAAAGUAUGCAAAAACAACCCUUUUUGGGAAGCGACCUAUUCUAUGAUAAACAAGGGCUACCUAUCUUCAAAAGAGAUAGUAAGUUUGCUCAAGCUCAUAUGCAAAGAAGAAAAGCUCAAGUACAUGUCAAUCGGGGAAACAGCCGGAGGACAAGAAAUACCGGGGGUAUUCGUAGGCGAAGAAAACGGCAAUAAGCCCGUCGUACUCAUUGAAGCCGGGUGCCAUCCCAGGGAGAAAGUGGCCGCCGCGGCGGCUAUUUACGCCAUCGGCCAAUUGGCCAAAGAGAAAAAGGACAAAAUACUGACUAAGAUAUUGGAGACUGUCGACUUGGCCAUCGCACCACUACUCAAUCCUGACGGUUAUCUGUUCGCCAUUGAAACCGAUGAAAACUGGAGGAAGAACAGGAACAACACUUUCAUCAACCACUGCCGAGGUAUUGACAUCAACAGAAAUUUCUCCUACAAAUGGAAAGAGGGCGGAGCAGAAAGGAUUCGUGACCCCUGUUCCCAGUUUUACUGCGGAAGCGAGCCCUUUUCCGAAGCAGAGUCCUGCGCCCUUAGGGACUUCUUUCUCUGCUUCGAACCAAGGGUGAAGAUGUACCUUAGCCUCCACAGCCCCGACCAGAGUAUCGUCUAUCCUUGGUCCUACGACCUGACUCAACCUGAAGAUCGUGAACAGCUAGAACUUCUAGCUUGGAAUGUAAGUGACAAAAUCAGAGAAAAAUUUUACACAGAAUUUGAUGUUGGGCAGUCUUCAUCUCUCAUAGGUCGUACGGCAGGGACAAGUCUCGACUGGGCAAAGGCCAUUGCCAAUGUAAAAUACUGCUAUAGUAUCUACUUGCCAGGUCCGCAAUAUGGCUACAACAUGCCACCUGAGCUCAUACCUCAUUUUGGACAUAUGCUUCUGGAAAUGAUAGGUACUUUCGUUCAAAUAUUUACGCCCAGGCAGAAUGGAGAAGGUAAAUGUACAAAAGACAAAGGGGAUAAAAAUUCAAAUGAGGGUCCAAAAUCAAAACGUUCCAUUUUACAAAUGAAGGGCACCGAUGGAUCUGUAGAGAACAAAGACAGUGUAGAACAGAAUAAAAACAAUGCUGUAAAAGGGGAAACAGAAGAAAUUCAAUUGAAAGACAAGGAAACACCUACAGAAAACAAAAAUAAAAAUGAAGAACAGGAAAUACCGAAAGAUACUAAACAAGAAGCCAAAUUGGCAAACAGUGUGGAAACCAAAUCUGCUGAUGAAAUUUUUAAUACAUCUGAUAAAAACAACAAAGAAACUAAAGGAACGACAGUUGUUGAACAACCGACUCCGAGUAUUAACCAAGCUUUGGAAGAUAUUUUAACAAAUAAAGAGAAUCCAAAAGAAGCAGCAGAACAUAAAGAAAACAAUCUUUUAGAAAGUAUAUUUGACCUAAAAAAAGAACCUAAAGAAGUAAAAAUAAACAUUCAGAAAGAAAAUCAGAUAACAACAAUAGCAGAUAACAAAACAAGAAAAACUACAGAAAAAUCUGAAGAGAAUAAAGCACAACAGGUUAAACAAGAGGUUAAAAAUAAACAAAAACUUAACUUGAAAAGAGAUGUUAUAGUAAUUAGAGACCGGCCAACAGCUGAAGCCAUGAGAAAAAAGUCACAAUAUAUAACACGUGAUAUAAAAGAAGGAAUUAACAUGAGUAAAAUGAAGGGUAACAAAGUGGAAAUAAAAAAGGACGAACCUUGUAAAACAGUUAUUAAACAAGAAGCAUCAAAAGAAACAAAAGACGAAGAGAAAAAUGAAGUGUGGAUAAAAGAAGCAAUCAAAAAGGUCAGUAAAAAAAUGGGGAAAAAACCGAAAAAGGCAGAAAAAAAUACCGGCCCAAACAAAACAUGGAUUAAAGAUACGAUAAAAAUGGCUGUUAAAAAAGAUGGAACUAAGCAAAAGAAAGUAUCAAAAAAAGCUCCUAAAGAUCGGUAGAAUAAAUGGAUGGCUAAACAGAUUUUACUAAGCAAAAAUAAAUGUUUUGAAUUUA